GAGGGGACAGACAUGGGGUCAGCACCUCGACCCCCCAAGAUCUCCAUGGACAGAAGAGCGAGGGCUUGUUCCCACAGCGGAAUCCCCAGUGGGGACGCCGCGACUGACGCUGUAGGACGGAGCGUGACUUCGGCAUUCCUAAUCUAAAAGCUGCGGCGGCCAGGCUUCAGUCCAGUCCCUGAAUGGCUGGACUCCAGUUGGCGCCGCGUCUGCCUGUGGGCGUUAUGCUCCCAUAUAAUAAAGCAGAAGCUCCAGGACUCCUCUCAGCUAAGCAAGCGCCCUGUGACAACGGUGACUCUUCUCAGCGGUCCUCAAUGGGGCCCCUGAGGAACAAUUUCCAGCAGAAGGUUUUGAGCCACAAAGAGCGGACGCUGGAGAACUUCUCCACUCCCUCCAAAUGGAACACGUACAGCAAAGCUCGGAGCUACUCCUAUCCCCAGUGUGUUGGAAUCAGCCAGCAAGAUUCAAGAAGCAAUCCCCAGGGCCAAGUGAAGGGUUGGUUUUACUCAUCAGAUCCUCAGUCCUGGUAUCCCAAAGCAGAUAACCAGGAAUUCAUCCCCUUUACAAAGAAGCGAGUUGGGGUGGACCGGGCAUACCCACUGAAACCUGUGUUCCACAGGAAGUUUCAUAGUACAAGUGGGGCUGCCAUUGAUGGGGACCAGAAUGUCUCUCCAAGACCCCCGGAACCAAGAGGCUUUCCAUACAGCAGUGUUGGCUCAAGGAACUGGGUGAAUUCCUCUGGGGCUCGUGCUGUUGCUGCCACACGGGAGGAGAGGGCCAUGGCAGAUCCCACCAGGACUGAAUGGGUGCAGAUCCAAAGACUAGAAGCUGCAGGGGAGAGCUUACAGGAGGAAAUCCGAAGAAAAGAGACCCUCCUAAGGGAAAAGCUGAAGAAGACAGAGGAGGAACUCAGAAGGAUCCAGAAAGAAAAGGAACAAGCUAAGGAGAAUGAAAACAGAGGGCUACAGAGAAUGACACUCCCCAGGAAGGGAGUUAAAGGUAAUAGCAACACCACAUACAAGUCCACCUUCACCCCAGAAUUUGGGGCUGAGGAGGUCUUCAGUAGACACAGGAGAGAGGAUGAAACUAGAGGAUGGCCUCAAGAAAAUUCUAGUCCACUCCAGUUCUCUGAUGAUGGAAUACAGAAGCUCAAAAGGGAGAGACUGGUGGCAAGCAAUAACAAAAUCCGAGAGUUGGUCUUGGAGUCACCAAAAGAGUUUUCUCAGUCUUUAGAAGUGCCAGGCAGUGCUCUACAGGGAUCCACCAGCAAUUCUAGUCUGCCGACGGCACCAGACUCCUCAGUUUCCACCUGUUCUACUGAAGAGCCAGAACUUGGCGAAUGUAGGCAUUGUGGACGCAAGUUUCUCUUGCUCAGGCUGGAGAGACACUCCAAUGUCUGCAGCAGGGUGCAGAGUUCGAAGAGGAAAGUGUUUGACUCCUCCAAGGCCCGGGCCAAGGGCACAGAACUAGAGCAGUUCUUGAACUGGAAGGGACCAGCCUCAGUCAAGGUAACAAGGCUGACCCUCCUCGGAAGAGCAACUGGAGACAGAAGCACGAGUCGUUCAUCCGUACCCUCCGUCAGGCUCGAGAGGUCCAGCAGGUCAUUGCCAAAGGUGGGAACCCUUCAGACUUGCCUCCUAUCCUGCCUGCAGAAAACCCAGAUUAUAUUCAGUGUCCUCACUGCAGUCGCCACUUUGCCCCCAAGGUGGCCGAGCGGCACAUUCCCAAGUGUAAGACCAUCAAGAACCGGCCUCCACCUCCAAGGAGGCAUUACAGUUGAGCGGACAGCAGCGGAAGCCUCCUUGGUCAUUCAGAAGGCUCUGCUUCUCUUCAGCAGUACACGGGAGCAGAAGAAUUUGAUGGAAAACAGAACUGUUUCCUAUCUCCCACAUCCGUCUGCAGAGCUUAAACCAGUGAGAGACCCCCAUGGUAAGUGGCAGGAGGCCAAAGGAAGCCUCAGCUUCCCACUAAGGUACCACCUCGGGCUGAUGUGCCUGGUUAUUGCUCUAAGGACUGAUGGGUGAAGACACUCAAGGGCAGCGAGUUGGCUACAGUAAAGCUCUCUUCUCGCGAGCCUGACUUGUGAUUCAUGCUCGUUAAGUGCCUGCGUCCGCUGUGCCUUCUUGGCAGGCCUCUCUGUGUGUCUGUGGUUCCACUUAACUCUUGCUCUUGCAAGAAGUUGGUUCAUUAGAUUGAGUUGGUUCAGAGGAUCAGGAUCACCCAGGUGGUAUCUCUUAUGAAAGAUAAUACGAUUUUACUGUAAGGCAAGUGAUCAUUUGUCCUUGAUCUCCCUGAUGCGUGGUCCUGGCCAAAAGCCAAUACAAACAGGUCAGGUUAGGGUCCAGUGUAUCCUAAAUGCGCCUGUGGUUACUUAAAAAAAGGGAACCUUAUCUUUAUGUGCUUUACUGGGUAAGAAGGGGGGAAGUACCCUGUAUGUCUCAGUAGUUGUUCUUUUCUAAUGGAUUUCAUGUCAAAAAAAAAAAAAACUUCAGCUUCAGCUACCGCUAGCAUUCUGCU